AUGCCGCGUGCACCACCACCGCUAUCGGGACAAACGACCGCGCACAAUACACCUCAGACAUCACACCUGUGGCCAAGUCCGAGCUGCGGCUCGUCAGGAGGGCGAUGCCGGACAAGGACUUCUCCGCCCACCUCGUGGAAGGAAGUGGCCUCGACCAGCCGUCUCUCAGAUUGUUCAAGGUCGGCGCGGACGACAAUGACCCCGCCAAAGCCAAGAAGGUCAUUCUUCUCGUCGGGGGUACGUCUGUUGAGCCGACCUCCCACAAAGGCUCCACCGACCGCUUCGUGGUCAAGACCCCUAAGCGAUGGUCCCGAGGAUUCUGCCUCGGGCGACGCCACGCCCGACGCCGUUCAGCUUCAGCUUCGCAAGGAGGGAAAGGUGCUCCACAAGACCACCUUCAGAGGGUGGCAACCCCGAGCCCUCUCGCUCGUCUCCGGCUCAGUCCUGCGGCUGUGCCACACUAAGAGUGGUGUAUUCAAGCAGCAGCCCACCUGCAAGGAACAACCUUUGCGCCGGUCUUCGGAGGUCGUUGCACUAUCCGAGCAAGAUGGCGGGAAGGCGGAUGACGGGCGGUUCAUGUUCCGCGUCGUGACCAAGCCCCGUCGCGGGAAGAUGCACACGAAGUGGACGCUGGAUGCGGAAAGCCAGUCGGAGUUAGACGCAUGGGUCUCGCUCGUGCAAGAGGCCAUCGCCCUUAUCGAUCCCGUCGACCAGAAUGCAAAAAAUGACGACUUUCAAGGAGGGGGUGUCGAGGCCGCUUCCCUGCACGAGCUGGACCGAGAAGUCCUUGUCCCGCCCUUGCCCUCCUGGGAAGCCUCAGCUUAG